AUGAAGUUCCUGAUCUUCUUUGGUCUUUGUUUGGCUGUAGCCUCUGUCGCCUCUGGGUACACCUAUAAGUAUCCAUACUCGUAUUAUGGACCUAAGCCCUACAACGAUUUAGGCUAUACACCAUAUUAUGGAUAUUAUUCACCAUACACCUACCACGCAUCGCCUUACGAAUACGGUUAUGCUGGUACAGGCGGCUAUAAGACAUACGAUGGUUAUGGCUAUGGCUAUGGCUAUGACACCUAUGGAAAAUAUUACCGCGGCUACCCUGGCAAAUACUCGCCCUACAAGUACUAUACCCCUACCUACGACACCAAGUAUCCGGCAACGUACGCAGGCGAAUACCCUACCUACAAGUACUAUACCUCUUCCUACGACACCAAGUAUCCGGCAACGUACGCAGGCGAAUACCCGUCCUACAAGUAUCCGGCAACGUACGCAGGCGAAUACCCGUCCUACAAGUACUAUACCCCUACCUACGACACCAAGUAUCCGGCAACGUACGCAGGCGAAUACCCUGCCUACAAGUACCCGACAUACAAGACUCACGAGGGAUACGCAGGAUAUUAUGAUAAUAAAUAUGGUACUAACUACCCAACUUACAAGGGAUACGGAUACAGCGCUUAUCCACAAACUCCAUUGAGAGACAGUCAAGACCGCCGUGACGAUUCAGGUGAUGAAAAAGAG